AUGGCCGUUAAGAUCGCUGUUAUCCUAUGCCUGUUUGGUCUGGCGCGUGGCGGAAACCUUUCCGGUGGACUAGGUCUGGGUCAACCUGGCUUUGGACAUAGUGCUAAUCUAGGCGUCGGAUACGAUACAAACGUAGGACACGGAUUUGGCCUCGGAUAUGGUUCAACAAAUAACUUGGGACAUGGAAAUGGAUGGCAAGGUUAUGGAUCAGGAUCUUAUGAGUACGGAGGCUAUCGAUCGAGCGCGUCUGCUUUUGCCGGACCGGCCACCUCUAGUGUAUCUAUCAAGAAAUACUCUGGACCCGCUGUUCCCUAUUCUACAGGAUUUGAAGGACACGGAGCGUAUGGCGCGGGUUCACAAGGAUACGGUUAUACUGGUGUUGGUGGUUAUAGCGGUGUUGCAGGUUACGGAAACACUGGUUUGGCUGGACCCGCCACCUCUACUGUAUCUAUCAAGAAAUACUCAGGACCGGCAGUGCCAUAUUCUACAGGAUUUGGAGGGCACGGAGCGUAUGGCGCGGAUUCCCAAGGAUACGGUUAUAAUGGUCUUAGUGGCUACGGGGGUGUUGCAGGUUACGGAAACUCUGGUUUAGCUGGCUCCGCUAUUUCUUCAGUUUCUAUCAAGAAGUACUUAGGGCCUGAUACGCCUUACUCUUCAAGAGUUGGUGGACAGACAGCCUAUGGCGCACAUGGUCAAGGAUACAGCGGGUAUGGAUACGGUGCUGGCAGUUAUGGAAACAAAUGGUAA